AUGCUGCUCCCACAGCCCAGCAGGGGCGGCGCUCGAAGGUCUUUCAGAAAGCCCUGCAGAAUGUGCAGUCAUCUACCAUGGCCCAGCACCCACAGCACCCACAGCACCCACAGCACCCACAGCACCCACAGCACCCACAGCACCCACAGCACCCACAGCACCCACAGCACCCACAGCACCCACAGAGUCAAGGUCGCCCAGGCCCGCAACAGUCGCAGCCAUCUCGCCCAGCUGCUGGCCCAGCUGGCCCAGCUCAGCCCCAAGCUCAAGCUCACUGGCAAGAGGCUUGGCAAGGACAGGCAAAGGGCAGGCGAGGAGGCACGAGCCCAGGCACGGGCCAGGAAGCAAAGCGGCAAGCAAAGCCACAGGAGAGGCCGCAGUGGGAGGACUGGGAGGCGGGCUGGGCCUGGGAAGAGGAAGGCAAAGGAAACUGGGCAGAUUGGGAGCCCCAGCGCUGGACAGGCAAGUCCUGGAGUGAAUGGCGUGGUUGGGAGGCACAAGGGCAGACGCAUGCAGAACACAUAUGAACACAUCAUAUGCAGACACGGUGAGAGGGCCUCCUAUUAG